AUGCCGUUGACCUUUCUGCCUACUGUCCAGCACCGUGACGUGAUUGUUGUGCUUGGGGAUCAAAGGCUGUUGAAGCCAAGGAUGUUGAGUCGAACCAUAUGGAGGGCCUCUUUUCGUAGCACCAGGGCACCAAGCUUUAAGACGGACAUUGCAAGGGAUGGAGCAGUAACCCAUUACCCCAGACCUCGCCACUGCCUUCUCGCUGUCUGUUGGCGGCACGGCGAAAUUUCCGCGAAUAUCGCUGGUACACCGACUGCGGUGUUUUCGACGGUAUUUGCACAAGCCUUUGCCAUGUACAUACAGGACUAUGUCAAUUCGCAAGACCGACACGGGCAAACGAGCGAGAAAAGUCGUGAUCACGAGUCUCUCCGUGUGGUACAUGCGUGCAAUCACCGCUCCCGUGCUCAACCGUAUAAAGCUUCUUACCACCACCUCACAUGCGCCGUCAUCCACUUUGCAUUAUCCCAAGAUCCGUUGUUCAAUGGUACCGUGAUUGACGAGUGCAUCAUGUGGUUCUCAUCCUCUCUCUUCCUGCUGGCCGCGACCGUGUCGGCACAGUACAGCGCGCCGCCAGCCAACCACUCAAGUUCGCUGGGACCCGAUGAGAACGGCAAAUAUGAAAUCUCGGCCGAGGGCAUUCGUGGACUCUUCAUUCCGUACGGCGCAUCCAUCUCCAACCUAUUCGUCAAGGGCAGAGAUGGAAAGGAGCGAGACAUUGUCCUUGGCUUCGACACGGCCGCAGACUAUGAGGGUGAAGUGCAUCCCCACUUUGGAGGUGUGCCCGGACGUUACGCGAAUCGCAUCAAGAACAGCAGCUUCGUCAUCGAUGGCACCGAAUACCAGGUCUUGCCCAAUGAGAACAACAACAACAACACGCUACAUGGCGGUCCAGAUGGAUGGGACUACCGCAACUUCACCGUUGUCGCGCAUACCGAGGAUUCAAUAACCUUCUCUAUUGUCGAUCCUGAUGGCAAGGAAGGCUUCCCUGGUGAAGUUGUGAGCUAUGUUACUUACUCAAUGGCACCAAACACCUGGAACAUCAAAAUCUCGGCGCUUGCAACCACAAAGAAGACCCCAAUCAUGUUGACAAACCAUGCCUACUGGAAUUUGGAUGGCUUCGCCAAUCCUGAGGAUGCUACGGCCCUAAAUCAUACUUUUUACCUGCCUUACUCUGGCCAGCGUGUCGGUGUCGAUGGAAUCCUGAUCCCAGAUGGUACCAUCCUGCCAAACGAAAAGUAUUCAGUCAACGAUUUCUGGUCCGCACCCAAGAAAAUCGGCGCCAACAUGACUGCACCCGAGCUAUACGGCAACUGCGGUACCAACUGCACUGGCUACGAUAACUGCUACAUUGUCAACCGCGAUCAAAAUGGUCCCUAUGACUGGCGCACUUCUGGACCCGUUGCUUCCCUUUCCAGCGAGUGGUCAGGUAUCAAAUUGGACAUCUGGACCGAUCAGCAGGCUUUCCAGAUGUACUCGUGUCCCGGUCAAGAUGGAACCAUCCCGCUCAAGUCCACCCAAGGCCUCGAGGGCCGCUCCGCCGUCGUACCAAAGAACGGCUGCGUCGUCAUGGAAGUCCAGGACUGGAUCGAUGCAAUCAACCAGCCCGAAUGGCAGCGUGAGAAGAAGCAGAUUUUUGGACCCGGCGGCCCGUCGUUUAGCUUGGAAGCUUCCUAUGUCUUCUCGACGAUGUCGUAG